AUGACCCCAAAACCUCAAAGAGGGUGGGUUUCUGUCUCUGAAGAUGGGGCUAUUGGAACGAAUCAAUCAAACGACUCAUUUUGGUUGCGUGUGUACCAAAUUGUUUUGGAAAAUAAUCCAGGCAUGGGCGGAGCCAGGGUACGAUCACCACAAGCUGUUGCUUCUCGGUUCAAGAUCAUCAACCAACAAUGUUCUUUUUGGAAGGCAUGUAUAACAAAGGCUAAUGCAAGGCAUGAUAUGAAUGCAAAAACACUUUUCUUGAAUGAUAAUAAACCACCGAAUAGGCCUUUCAAGUUGUAUCAUGCUUGGCAAAUCUUCAAAGAUUGCUCAAAAUGGAACGACAUAUGUGAAUCUCCCACACAAACAUUCAAAGAUUCUUCUCAUAGUGGCAAUACAGUCAAUUUGGAGGAAGAUGAAGAUGAUGUGGUCAUGCCCACUCUAAGGUCGUUAGGAAGAGAUAAACAGAAGGAUGAAAAAAAAGAAAGGUUCUUGCCUGAAUUGGUUCAACAAGGAAAUGAGGCAAAAGAAGAUAGGAGGCGAAAGUUAGAGCUCAUACAAGAGCAACAUGCAUAUCAAAUCCAACAAGAUAAGGAGGCCAAUGAACAGAGGAUAAUGUACAUGAACCUAUCGAAAUUUACUCCAAGAAAGAAGAAGUAUUGGGGAAAUAAGCAAGACGAAAUUAUUGAGGUCCAGAUGAAUACAAGUUCCCCCUACAAUCCAGAAGACAACUCUGGAGACUAUUAUUAUCCAAGCCCUCCACAUAGUGGUUAUUAA